AUGGGUGCACCCACCUUCAAUCCGAGACUCCUAGAUGCAUGCGCUGCAGGACACAUUGAUGGACCAUCAGCCAACCCCAUCUGCAUAUCCGCAGCUCAAUUCCAAGCCACUGCUGGAAAUGCUCGCCUAGAUCGGACUAACACCUCCGCCCCUGGCCCCUGGACGACGUGUGACUUUUCCCGCUUGGUCCGGUACACGCAGCCGCACUAUCCAGGACCCGAGCUCAGCCGACUCAAGCAUCAGACCCGCGCAGAUGGCCGUCCGGACAUAUCCCGGUUGGGCGCAUUGCUGGCUCACAUCUUGGCACCGAUCAACCGGGCUCGCGGCCGUGGCGACUCGACUGACGGAGUUUUCCUUGACUUCACGCUGGGGGCGCGCAGCCGCGUAUCGUCCCCAUUGUCCAAUUCUUUCAUCGGAUCGCCGCUGUUCCUCACACAUAUCUAA